AUGGCGGAGCUAUGGAACGGCAAAGCCAUUGGCGUCACUGCCGCCCAAGCAUCGGGCCAUGCGCCACUCUCGGACACCCCGCCGAUUUCGUCGAUCGCCAUGCCGCGGGGGAGCACGUAUGGAGGAGAGCAUGCAUUUCGCUGGACCGAGGCACCACGCAACGUCCUGAUCGUGAAAAAGCUCAACGACGACAAGGUCACCGAGUCGUUUCACGCGGUGGUCGAUCAUUUCCAAAAGCACUAUCCCCACGUUAAUAUCAUGGUCGAGGAGCAUGUCUAUGAACGGAUCAGCGAACAGCACCCCUACCUCACACCCGUGUGCAAGGACGACCGUGCGCUCCUCGCCGACAAGACCGACUUUGUCGUGACGCUCGGCGGCGACGGCUCGAUCCUGCAUGUCUCGAGCCUCUUUGACCAGAGCGCCGUGCCGCCCGUGCUGAGCUUCUCGCUGGGCACGCUUGGGUUCCUCCUUCCCUAUGAUAUCCACUGCUUCCCGGCCGCACUUGACGACGUGCUGCACUCGCGCCUGACGCUUCUUUUGCGAAUGCGCAUGAGCAUGACCCUCUGGGACGACGCGCCCGGCCAGUGCCUCUUGCUGUCGGAUGAACAGUACUGCCGCGAAGUGCACUUUAUGAACGAGGUCGUGCUGCACCGCGGACGCGAGCCGCACAUGACGACGAUGGACGCGUACGUCAAUGGCGAGCACCUCACGCGCACGAUUGCCGAUGGCCUGAUUCUGUCUACGCCCACGGGAUCGACGGCCUACUCUCUUUCUGCGGGUGGCCCCAUCAUCCAUCCGUCCGUGUCGACGAUGAUGCUCACGCCGAUCAGCCCACGUUCGCUGAGUUUCCGCACAAUUCUCUUUCCAAGUGACGCGACGAUCGAUAUUUUCGUCUCGCCCAAUUCCCGCUCCCCGGCCGAGGUCUCGGUGGAUGGGCGGGAGGUGCGGACACUCACUCCGUCGCAGUCGGCACGCGUCCAGCUCUCGCCGUACCCGCUGCCCUGCAUCAACUUUGCACCCGAGGUCGCUGCCGAGCGGCGGUGCGGCACGACGCCAGAGAGCGCCGCGCCGGCGGUGGUGCGUGACGACUGGGUGCACGACAUCAAUACGCUGCUCCGCUUUAAUGCGUCGUUCCUUGCGCGGGAUCACGACAUUCCGUCGGUGCACUGCCGAAGCGACCAUACCUACCAGCGCACGCUCACCGAGGCCCUUUCCAAGCACGAGAAACAAGAGAAGUAG